CAUAAACUGCAUAACUACCUUUCUGUGUCAUCUCAGCCAUCAUCUCUUGGCUUCUUCUUACUUUGGAUCUUCGUCUUCCUCGGCAGCUGCUUUCCGUGGAUCAGACGGCCCUUAAUCCCUCUCCAAACGUAAAUUAAUCGCCUUCCAUUCCAAUCAACUGAUUGCUAUUCUUGAACGGAAGGUCAGGUCAGGUUUGGGUUGCCUCCGACUUUCCGGGCGCUCCCUCGGAGUUAUCCUCAGAGUUAACUCUUUGCAUUCUCACACACACACUCUCUCUCUCUCUGUCUCUUCCCCCAAUCUGUUCCUGCCUCGGAUCUCUCGUAACUUUCUUUCCUACAACUUACCUCUUUUAAACUCUUCUCUCCGCUGUAUGGCCAUUCCAUCAUGCCGUCUUCCCGCUGGUGGCUCUAUGUCCAAGCCAUUGUCUGGCGCUUUUUAAUGCGCAUUGGCAUGUUCCUGCACGAUGUCACUCCUCCGCGACCUCCGCGGCCUGCCUUUGUUCGCACUAUUCCCACCGGUUCGGGUCAGAUCCGUCUCUGCUUCUACACGCCACCCAACUACCCCAUCACUCGCAAAGAAGGUCGUCGUCUGCCCGUCGUGGUCAAUUUCCAUGGAGGAGGCUUCACGCUAGGAUGCCCCACCGAUGAUAGUCGCUGGGCGCAGUGUGUGCUCGGGGAAGUCGGUGCCGUGCUGGUCAGCGUCGGAUACCGUCGUGCUCCCGAACAUCCGUUUCCCGCCGCCGUUGACGACGGCGUCCUCGCCCUGCAGUAUCUCGCUGCCCACGCCGUCGAGCUGGGCUUGGACGUCUCGCGCAUCGCCCUGUCCGGCUUCUCCGCUGGUGGUAACCUCGCCAUCACCGUACCCCUCCGCCUGCGCAGUAUCCUCAGUGAGCAGCAACAGCAGCAGCAGCAACGCGACCAACAAGACGUCCUCGAACCUCGCAGCAGUCCGCCCAACUUGGGCCCCUACGACUCCACCCAGCAGCUAGUAUCCGCCGCCUCCACCAGCGAACUCAACAUCGUCGCCCUCUUCUGCUGGUACCCAAUCCUCGACUUCGAAGAGUCGCGUGACCAUCGUCGCGCCAUGAGCCUUAUGCCCAGUAAGACCCUCCCAGCCUUCUUCACCGAUCUCUUCGAUGAAUCCUACCUGCCGACGCGCGAGGAGCGGGUCUCGCCCUAUGCGUCGCCUGUGCACGCCACGGAUGAGAUCCUCGCCGAUGCCCUGCCGCACGAUAUCUUCUUCUAUAUCUGCGAAUGGGAUAUGCUUCUCAAGGAGGGCCAGGUGUUUGUGCGACGUCUGCAGAAUAUCAACAAACAUGUCCGCGCCAUGAUGAUCGAAAAGGCGCCCCAUGCGUGGGACAAAUCGCCCAAUCCGUUCCGCGAUCAGGAUAAAGUUGAUAUUCUCUACCGCGAUGCCUGUGCUGAUAUGAAGCAUAUCUUUGGUGCGUAGACCCAUCCUCUUACCUCAGAGGAUGGGCGGUACAUAUAACUCAUUGCGUUUUUCUUUCUUCCCUUGACAUCCUGGUCUGUAUAAACUAUCCCUUUCCCUUAUACGUCCUAUUAGUUUCAUAACUCUUUUGGAGUCAUUGGCGUUAUUUUGGGUUUUCGAUCAUCAUUAGAAUCGUUACAUCAUCUUUACUACACACACACACAUCUACUUGUACACUAGACGACGAUCAUUGAUUACUACCGAAGUUACUGCCAUGCAUAAGCGAUUGACUUGCAUUAUCA